AUGUCACUUUCUUUCACAUCUAGAGUGUUGGAAAUCGAGGCCAUCAUCGAUCACGUCUUCUCCAAGAAACGCCUCGCCGCGGAAGCAGCUCAAAUGGCAGCGCCACUGAUCACUUUUGUCGAGGAUAACGCCUUCAAGCCUUUGUAUAACAAUAAGAGACUAGCAAUCCUAGGAGAAGCAGUCCUUGCAAGAGAACUUUGUAGUGCCUGGUUUAGGAUGCGUGGGUCGUAUGACGAGGCCCUGUCCCCAGCACAAUGGACGCAACUGCGUAAUGACAUGAUCUCUAAUGAUUCAUUGGCUCGCAGAGGCUACAAUUCCGGAAUUGACAAGGUCAUCAUCACAGCUAGUAGUACACCUCACGUGUCUCCUAAAAUGGUCGCGACAACCCUUGCAGCCAUCAUGGGAGCAGUUCACGAAGAUGGAGGAGACACUGCUGUUCACAAAGUCAUGCAGCACCUUGGAUUCUUCAACCACACUCUUCUUACAGUAACGUCUUGA